AUGUCCGAGGCAGCUUACCAGCGCCUCUGGGACUCCUCCCACCUGAUCUUGGAAGAGCUGCUGGACCAGGAGCCGCUGCUGGGGGAAGCCGUUUCCGAGCGCGAGCGGCAGUCCUUCCAGUACCGGCUCUCCUCGCUCUAUCUGUACUACUUGGGGCUGCUGCGCCGCUUCGACACUCUCUACGACCAGAUGGUGCAGCCGCAGAAGCGGCGGCUGCUGCGGCGGCUGCUGGACAGCGUGGCCUGCCGCGUGCUGGAGCUCAAAGACGAUCUGGUUCGCGCCGACCUGUGUGAGACCCACUGCCUGGACCAAGUGCUGCAGGACUUAAAGCUCACCCCGGCAGACCUGGAGGUCCCGAUUCCCAAGUAUUUUGAGCUGGAGCGGUCCAGCAUCCUGAAGGAGCGGGAACACGUGCUGACGGAGCUGCUGUCCAGACUGAAGCCAGAGAUCUCAGAGGGGAGCUUUCCAAUAUUAAGCCGGACUGAGGCCAUAAUGCUACUGCAAAAGGCCGAGCGGGCCAGGCAAGGCAGGCUCCGGGCCACCUUCAUGCGGGAGAUUCGGAAAGAGGAGGAGCGAGACCGGAAGAUUUGGGAGGAAGGUCGGUUCAAGUUCAGUCAGGAUGAAGCAGCCAUCACCAUACAGAAGGUGUGGAAGGGUUACCUGCAGAGGAAACGCACUCAGCAGGACCGGCGAACCGAGAUGGAGUUCAUCGGCAUGCUCCCCUCAGCCAGCCCGGCGGAGCCCCGGGGCACCUGGUCCCAGGCCAGCCUUGGGGCAGAUGUGCGCAGGCUCCGGCAGGCCGAGAAGGAGGAGGAGUUCCAGCUGGCCGUGGUGAAGGCCCGCGACCACCUCCGGGAGGUAGAGGGGCCCGACAUGAAGGAGAAGAUGAAGGAGCAGAUCCGACAGUGGUUCAUCGAGUGCCAUGCCCUCACCGGCCGAUUCCCUGAUUAUCCAGACGAGUCUUUAGGUGGAUCCUCCCUGAUCUUUGCAGACAAGACUCCAGAACAGGUGAGGAUGGAACUGGAGGUGCAAGUCCAGGAGAACAAAAAAAAGGAGCAAGAGAAAAGUAAGGAGAAAGAAAAGGAGGAAAAAGAGAAAAAGAAGAAGGGAGAAAAGACCAAGAAGGGAGAAGCAGACAUGAUGCUUAGAGCACUGCCUUCCAAAUCCAUCCCUGCAAUUAACGCUGGCCACAAGGAGUACAUGAAUCUGUGGAAGAACCGGUUUGACAGCCUCUUUCCCAGCCAGAGUUUUGACUCUGAGACCCUCAAGAUGGAAGAGAGGAAAGAGGUGGAACAGGAGAUCCGGAUACAGGUGGAUGAUCUGAUGCGUCAGGAGCUGAAGAACCUGAGGUUGGCCGUGGACAGGGAGGAGACGAGACCUGUGAAGCUUCCAAAGAAGAAGGCAGGCAAGAAACCCGGGAAGAAGAAGAAGGAAAAAGACCUGACCCCAGACAGGCCUAUGGACUCCCUGUUUGAAGAGCUCGUUGUCUUAGGCCUUCUAAAGAAGAGCGAGACAGUGCCCUUGAAAGACUACAUUGGUGACUGCCUCUACCUUGGAUCAGCCCUGAACUUGGCAAACAAGCUGCCUAUGCCCUCCCUGGCUGACAUCAGGCAGAACAUGGCCUUGUACGGGAUUCUGCGGCUCGGCUCCCCAGAUAUACACGCCAUGGCUCCUCUCAUCCGCUCCAUCCUCCUGGUGGGCCCCUCUGGCAUGGGCAAGAAGAUGCUGGUGAAGGCCGUAUGCACGGAGACCGGUGCCAACUUUUUCGACCUGUCGCCGGAGAACCUGCAGGGCAAAUACCCCGGCAAGACUGGCGGGCAGAUGCUGGUACACGUUGUCUUUAAGGUGGCUCGGUACCUACAGCCCUCUGUGAUCUGGAUUGGGAAUGCGGAGAAGACUUUCUACAAGCGGGUCCCCAAAGAAGAGGAGGAGAUGGACCCGAAGCGAAUAAAGAAGGACCUCACCAAGGCCCUGCGGCUGCUGAGUCCCGGGGACCGCGUGAUGCUGAUCGGGACCACCGACCGGCCGCAGGUGGCCGAGAUGAAGGGCCUUUGCCGAACCUAUGAGCGCAUCCUCCUCCUGCCUCGGCCCGAUUAUGCCUCUCGUUAUGUGCUCUGGAGGCAUAUGAUUGAGGCCCAGGGAGUCCAGGGGACCCAGCACCUGGACAUCAGCGCCCUGGCCAAGGUGUCCGACGGCUACACAGCUGGCUGCAUCCUCCAAGCCAUCCAGGCGGUGCUGACCGAGCGGAGGCUCCUACAGCUGUCCAAGCGGCCCCUCCUGACCUCAGAGUUCCUGGGGCCCCUGGCGAAGCUGGACCCGGUGUACAGGGAGGAGGAGGAGUCCCUGAAGGACUGGUACUUCAAGACCCCGCUGGGCAAGAAGAGGAUGAAGCUUCUCAAGGACCAGGAUGCUGCUGAGGAGGCCAAGCUGGCAAAGGAGAAGAAGAAGAAGUGA